CCCAAACUUUCGGCCCUUUUCCCUCUUCCAACAGUCCCUUCGGUUCCUUUACAGCAAACUUCACACUGCCUACAAAGUAAAGUUCUUACAGUUCACACUAAGCUGCUACUUGCCUCUCUGUUUCUCUCUCGAAGAUUCUGGGAGAUGGGAGAAGGGAAGGGCUCCACUCUGGUGCACCUUCUGGUUGUGGUUCUCAGCUUAGUCGCCUUUGGAUUCGCCAUUGCUGCUGAGAGACGGAGAAGCAUUGGGAUGGUAGUUAAAGAUGAUGUAUCAAAUGCUACGUAUUGUGUCUACAACUCAGAUGUGUCCACUGGGUAUGGAGUGGGUGCUUUCUUAUUUCUUCUUUCAAGUGAAUCUCUACUUAUGGGCGUGACCAAAUGUAUGUGUUUUGGGAGACCAUUGGCUCCUGGCAGUAACCGAGCAUGGUCCAUCAUCUAUUUUGUCUCUUCAUGGUUGACUUUUCUGGUUGCAGAAGCUUGUCUAAUUGCGGGUGCCACAAGGAAUGCCUAUCAUACCAAGUAUCGGGGAAUGAUUUAUGCCCAGAAUUUUUCCUGUGAAACAUUGCGAAAAGGUGUUUUCAUUGCAGGAGCAGUCUUUGUGGUGGCAACAAUGAUUCUAAACGUGUAUUACUACAUGUACUUCACUAAGGCAACUACUACACAGGCAGCUCAUAAAACAAAUCGUGCAAAUUCAACUGUUGGGAUGACUGGGUAUUCAUAGAACCACCUUCCGAGCUUCAUAUCCAUGUUUUGCUGGAUUUAUUUGGGCCUGUGUUGAUUGUAUUCUGAAGUCUGCUCUCGUUACUAUGUGCUUAUUUAUUGGUACAUAUACAUAGUCUCCUUAUGUAUCUCCUGUGCUGAUCAAGACCAGAGGAUAAAAAAUUUAAGAAGAAAACUUGAGAGUGUUUACAAAUAGUUGUACCACUUGAGAUUUGGAAGUGCGUAACCGACUCAGCGAAAGGAAGUUGGUUCCCUCUUUCAUGUUUCUUUUAUGUGAAGAGUAUUUUGCUAGAUAGAAUCUAAAUGUGUGCACACAGGUUUAAGGUUUGUCUAAAUUUGUUAUUUAGGGUUGAUUGAAUUUUCUA